GACUUCUAUGAUGCGCGAAAUUCAAGUGGAGGUCAGGAAGUGAAAACGCAAUCAUUCAUCAACGCAGGAAUCAUGGAGGACACCGACUAUGUCAAACAAUUAAAUGAACCUGCACGCCGCAGAUAUCGUGAAAAAAUCACAGCACACAUCGGAUACGAUCCGUAUCAGCUGAAAAAAAACGACUUUUCUCGUGAUUUAUCCGAUUUGCCCGCUGUUGAUGCGAUGGAUAUCACCAGCUACCUCGUCCUUCAUACCUCCUACUACACGGCUAGCCAGAUGAAAGUGUAUAAAAGCCUGGAAGCUUUCAACUACUUCGUGUGUGGAUGGGUGAAUGACCUCGGCACCAAAGAGGCAUUAAACAAAUGUCGCCUUGUUUUUGCCCGGGUGAGUGUUAACUACCUAUACCUUCUUACCUCUAAGUAGCAUUAUUAGGAGACAUCUAGCUAGCUAACUUUAGCUACAUGGACUCAUGUAAGGCAGUGUUACGGCUGUCGCCUUGCCUUCAGCAUUAUCUGGCCUGUGAGUGUGUUGUGUGUGUAUAUAUGUGUAUGUUUGUUAUGUGUAUGUGUUUAGCUUAGGAUAUAUUGUGUUUUGUGUGUAUAGACAGCUCAGAGCCUUUGAACAGCCUGCACGUUGUUUAUAUCACUCUAUGUUGAGGUUAAUAUUAAAAACAACCUCUUUACCAAGACCAUCUGGUUAUGUGUUGCUUGUGAUGUUGUUAAAUGUAUGUUACCAACUCGCAAGUUGUGAACUGGAGCUUCAAUUGUGUAGGUCAACCAUUCCCAGAGGUCUGGAGAAACACCAUUAAAAACGUGGAUUGUAGCUAAAGAAGAUGGAGGUUGUUACAGCACACUGUAACUGUAUGGCUGGUUUGUCAGAAUCCUGCUCACAUGUUGGAGCAGUUCUGUUUGCAAUCGAAGCAGGUGUGAAGAUGAGAGAGACUGCAUCCUGCACCACUGAGAAGUGCAAGUGGCUAAUGCCAUCACAUGUCAAAAAGAUUCCUGCUGCUCCAGUUGCGAUGAUAGACUUUUCAUCCGCAAAAUCCAAAAAGCAAAAACUGGAUGAUGCCAUUGCUGGAAGGACAGGUGAGAAGCACACAUUUCAGCGUCCCACAGUCCAGGGUUCAAAAUUGGAGCGAGGAUCAGAGAGGUAUAUGCAGUUUUUCAAGACUUUGAGCAGAAAUUCCCCAAGAGGAGGCGAGGCCAAUCUUCGCCUGUGUGCUGGAGAACAGGGCUUCUGUCUCGUCAACGAUGGGGGCACUGUGAAGCUGGACAGGAGACAUGCCUACUACCAUCAAAUACAGGCUCAGCUCCACCUCGUUGAUGUUGACUACUGCGACUUUGUUGUCUGGACUAAAAAUGACCUCUUUGUAGAGAGAAUUGUGCGUGAUGUGGACCUGUGGGACAACAUCAUUCCCAGAGUUGAGCGUUUCUUCAGACUAUGUGUUCUCCCUGAAGUGUUGGGACAGCAACUUACAAGGGGAAAGUUUCAGUUGCAAGAUGAUCAGGAGGGAGAGAAGGCGUGAUUACCAGCACCUGUGGUCUGUCCUGGUCCCGGAAGUUGUGGUUCUCUCCUUGUUGCAUUAUUAUUACGUGCCGUAGUGGGUGCUGGUGUUUGGGUGUGUGUGGGUGUCUUUUUCGCUCUCCCUCUGAUCUCCCCAGGUGCUCCCAAUCUCCAAUCAGCGCCUCCAUAUAGGACAUGAGGAAGGUUGCAGUCGCUCUCCCCUUAUCUUAAGCUUUGUUUGACAAGUUGGCUGGUGAGCCCUUUUUCGUUGUGUUAAUUAAAAGACCACUUUAUGGCGUCAGAGAUCAGUUUCCUCUCCUUUUUCUCUCGGCCGGUUAUGUUGUGUGUCGCUACUUCCCUUUGUACCCCUAUAUUUACAAGGGAACGUAACAUUUGCACAGUGGCAGCUCUUUAACCUGCAUUACAGCACCUUCAUAUUCACUGACCACACUCACUAGAGGAAGUAGGGCUGUGUGAUAUAUUGCUAUUGUAAAAAAGAUGUUUACUGAAAAGAUUAAAUGAUACUAAGACUGAAUAA